AUGGGGACGAAUUUCGACGACUGGCUGGAGUCCGAAGAGGGCAGAGAGUACGAACGCACACACGAUCCCAGGAAAGGCGCAGUCUUGAGAGCCCACCUCACCUUCAUCCGCCUUGCGCUGCCCCCGUACACGAUCCAUUUCAAGUCGCCCACCUACAUCCAACCGGCGACGCUCGACCUGCUCGAUAAGAAAGUGCUCAAGGAGACAUUGAGGAACACGGCGCAGGAUGCCACGGUCAGGAUCUUGAUCGGUGGGGAUGUUCGGUUUUGGCACGAGCUGGUCCUGUUGCUGAAGGCUGCCAUCCCAAGUCUGGAGAGACGAAGCUUCCAGCAUUGGGAUCCCAGUAGUGUGGACUACGACAGCACCAGUGGUGCGCUGAUUGCCGGCAACUACCCAGGACUUUGGCGGGAUCUGGAGCGGUUGAACGAUAUCGUCAGCAUAUGCAGGAAUGUGUUGACGGUUGGCGAAUUCGCGCAGCGCUAUGCUUCCGGCUAUUGCGCAGAUAUUGAGAUUUUCCGACUCAUCAACUGCUGUGUUAGAGUGACGGCGAGAGGCUUCGAUGGCACUGCAAACACGGGCGAGGAGGAGAAGUGGCAGUGGAUUGUCAAUGCGUACAAGAAACUGCUCAUCACGAGCCUGCAGUUUCUCAACAACCUUGUCGCGCAGAACGAGGAGAAGAAGUGCAUGCUUUGGACUUCGCUCUUCGAUCAUGCUUCCGAGACGGGCUACCGAGAGGAGAAGAUCACACCAUUCCGGCUACCACCUCCGAAGAAGCCUACACCACCCAUCAAUAGCAGUGAUAUCCUUCUCGCAUAUGGUCAAAAUGGCCCAAACCAACGCAUUUCGCCUUUGGAGUACGAAGCUGCCCAGCUGAUAUUCAAAGAUGAAGGAUGGAAACCUCUUCCGGCCAACGCGACUGCUGCUAAGAAGCACAGUGAACCAAAUGGCUACGUCUACUUUGUCUCACGCUUCAAGAACCAGUGCAUCGAAGAUUUCAAGACCGUACACAAGCGCGCCCCAACACUGGCUGAGAUUCACCGCAACAUGCCGCACUAUUGGCACCAGCAGAUCCCCGAAACCCCGCGCAUGUGGUCUCAUUGGCAGAGUGCGUUCGAGAUGGACCUUCAUGCUUACCGCGACGAGGAGGACGACUAUCAAGACUAUCUCGACGACCCGAUAGGCUGGAGAGAACAGGUCAUCGCUCCCGGUCCUCCUACGCCGAUGAUGCCGACGAGAUCCGGGAAAGCAUGGAAGCCGGAAGACGUGGAGAGGAGAAUCAAGGCGUUGGAGGUCCAGAUGGCAGAAGAGUGCAAGUCCGAGUGCGCAGGGCACGGCUACUGCGAGGAUCCGGUGGAGUGUGAGAAGGCGAAAGCCAGUGGAUUGCCAAAUCCCCUCGACCCACGGACUGCCAACGAAAAGACCGACUCGCGGAUGCUGUUCACCUCAGAAGCUGGGACAAAGAUCCUGGAGAGCGGCAAGGCGGAGUUGAUGAAGAGGCUGGAAGGCUAUGCCGACGUAGGUGCCGGUGCUGGCAUCGCAGCGAGGAGGGUGAGCACUGCACGUUCGGCCCCAAUAUCUGCCAGCGAUGCUCACCCGGCUCAUCCGAUCAACGUCGGCGGUGCUCAGCGGCGGAGAUCUAACAGUUAUGCUGUCGAGCACGCUUUUGCGGAAGAAUCGAUGGACGAGGAUGACGACGAAGAAGAAGACGAGAGCGACGAAGAGGGCGAGGAUGACGAGGAAGAAGACUAUCCAGGUUCAACUGAAGAUGGCCGCGGCUUGCUCACAGACGUGCCACUCAUCCUUGGUCCAUCUGAGAUCGAAGUGCUGCCCAUGCUGAUCAUGUCUGGCCACGUCAUCCCGCCAGCAGAAGAGCAUCCGACACAGCGCAACAAUUACAAAGAUAUCAAUCCCUGGGCGAUGCCGCAUUCUGACGCUUUGCCUGACGACAUUCUCGAGAAAGGCGCGAAGCUCCGAACCCACUUGUUGCUAUCGCAGACACCGGGGCGGAAUCUGCUCCGCGAGCUCCUCAUAUUCGUGGCCGCCUGGGACCUGCGGGAGGAAGAGCUGUACUUCAAGUUCAUGGUCCGCAUUCUUGAAGCUAUUCUGAAACAUGGACUCAUGCCAUACGCAUACCACGCCUUCCGUGAUCGAUCGCGAAGCAAGGAUAUAAUCUCUCCUGCCCAAGCUGUGAUCAUGAAGCUGCUUACCUGCAUCUUUCGUCAGCGGAACGAGAACAUUAGAAAACAUCUUCGCGGGGAGGUGCUGGAAGGCGAGGUCUUGGGACAAGCGCAUGUGGUCAGGGUUAACGGAGUCAACACAACACGUCCGACCGACUGUAGCGAGGAAGAAGAGAUUGCCUGGAUCAGAGAGCAGCACCGGAUCGCUGUUGAAGAGAAGAAGCGCCUCGGCCUGCUUCCUACUGCGGUCGACUUGCGCUUGCUCAACUUUGUCUUCACCGAGUUUAGACAGCACAUCAUACCGCAGACAUGCGCUCUGAUCUUUUUGCAAGGCCAGAUACACAGAGGCCGAGCCAGCCCGGACGACUUCCCGCUGAAUUUGUGGGACAUGGAGAGGAUGUACGAGGGAGUCUAUCAGUUUCUCGAGUUCUUUGCUGUCCUGUCCGAGGAGCAAGGCCGUGUACCCAUCUGCGAUGAAGGCCUGGAAAGAGAGAUCCAUGGUCAAAUCGUUUGGGGAGCGAGGGAGGAGGAAGAGUCGAUGGGCGGGUUGACCGGCACCUGGAAGAACAUCCUUGCCAGCUGGGAAAUGGCUAGCGAGCUGGUGACUCUGCUGAGAGAGCUUGAAGGCGGCAUCCCGAAGGUCGCUGCAGCAAUGCCACGACCGAACGCACAAGCAGCGCAGCCGGUGUCUGCGAGCUUCGACGGGAAAGCCGGAACAACACCUCCACCUCCUCCGCCUAAGCCGCAACGUAGUAUGAGCGCUGACGCGGCGAUGGGUGUGCCUCAAGCGAGACCGUCUUCUGCGCCGACGCCGGUGGCUGUCGAGCGGCCUUUCGAUGUUAACGCUGGGGACGUGCCUCAGACGCAUGCUAUUCCACCGUCUCUUGCACCGGGUGGGUCUUCACAGCAGGUUUACGAAGCUGAGCAUCCGCUUGCGUAUCCAGAAGAUCCUCUCAACGCUCUUGCGCCGACCUCGCUGGUAGCUGCGCAUGCUGACCUGCAGAACGCGCACGACCAGGACGAGCCUUCUGAUUUCGAGUGGCGGAAUCUGAAGAAGCUCACUGUGCUUGUACUGUCCUCGCUGAUAUGGAAGAACAAAUCAGUGCAAGAGCAAGUCCGCAAAUACGGCGGCCUCGAAGCGCUCGUCGGCUGCUGCAGACACGACGAGAACAACCCGUACAUCCGCGAGCACGCCGUAAUGUGCCUCCGCUUCGCCGUCGAGAACUGCGAGGAGAACGCACGAGUGCUCGUCAAACUUGCCGAAGAGCGGGGUCAGCAGACCGGUCGAGGUGGCAAGAUCGGAGAGAAGGGCAUGAGGAAGAUGGUCACGGACGGUAUUCCGAAGGAAGUGCUCGAUGCUAACGGCUACGAGACUUUCGUGGACAUUGAAGGCCAGAUGGGCUUGCGUCGCAAGGACGGAGCUGUCGAUAGUAGAGACCCUGGAGUGCCGCCACCGCCACCGCCUCCUCCGCCAUCGACGUCUGGGCCUUCGUUUACGCAGCCGUGGAAAACCGUCACCACGAAAAGCGUUCGAGAGUGGGCGGCUCGGAGCAACUCUCAGCUCGACGAGCUUCUGCCGGGUCUCUCGCUCGGCGGGGCUUCGGGGAGCAUGCAGCCGCCACCGGUCGUGGCCUCGGAUGCGACGGACAAAGGGAUGGAGUUGUUGCGGAAUGCUAUGAUGUCUUUGCCGCCUAAGAGUGGUGAGACGGCGGAGGAGAGGCAGCGGAUGGAGGCGCUGGAGAGGUUGGAUCGGGCGUUUGAGAGUACGGAGGCGGCGCUUGGAUCUGGUUCUCAGGGGAAGAGACAGGAGGGAUGA